AAAGACGACAUAUUGUAUGCGAUUCGGCAAAAGUAAUCUUUGUCAUUUUAAUGUGUGUAUCGACAGGGUAAAAUAAGCACACCACAAUGAAAGGUCUGUUACAGUUAACGCUUCUUGUUAUGGAUUAUAACCUGAUUAUGUCGGUUUCUAAGUUUGAGGGAGUAGUUGACCCAGUUAUCCAACAGGCCUUAGCAUGUCAUCCGCGGAUCCCUGGACUAAGUGUAGCCGUCGUCAAGGACAACAAGGUAUUGAUCUCCAAGGGAUACGGAUUGGCCGACCUACAAACUAGAACACCCGUCACAGAAUUCACUUUAUUCCGAUUGGCGUCAAUAACUAAAGCCGUUUCUGCAACAUUACUGGCGAAGCAGCUUCAUGAAAAUCCAAACUACAACCUUUACACUCACUUAACUAGUUUCUACGAUAGCAGUUUUAAAUUUUCCACCACAAUUAGAACAGAGAAUGCCAACAUCCGGGAUAUUUUGUCACAUGCGCUCGCCAUUCCUAAACACAAUUUUCUACGAUUGAAUCCGAGGCUUAACAGAACGAAUUUUCCAAGUGUAAUGAAGAAUCUGAAGUCAGUCUAUCCUUUCCGGGAAACAUACACGUACACAAACAUUGCCUUUGGUUUGUCAACAACAAUUUCAGAGAAAAUUGGUGGGAAAUCCUGGGAGGAUCUGGUACGAGAAGAACUUUUUUCGCCCCUUGGAAUGCAUUCUUCUACAUUCUUUUCGGAAACAAGGGGCACUAAUCACGUCGCUAAAGGUUACAUCGAUGACGUCAUAAAAUCCACAUCAGUCCCUGUUCCCUCAGUCCUUUUCAGUUCUUGGGAGAAACUAUGCAGUUCAAUAUGCCUAAUGAGUAAUGCCCAUGAUAUGGCGAAGUGGAUGAAAUUUCAUCUCAGUGGGGGAUUGAACGAAAGUGGAAGUCGUGUAAUGGCGCAGGACACACUGAAAUCCACAUAUAAGGCACGGAAUUCUAUAUCUUCCUCUGGCAUAAGUGAAUAUUUUUCAAAACCCAAGGUCCCUCACACAACAAGUGAAGAUAAUUAUGCUCUUGGAUGGCGAAAUGGACAUUAUAGAGAGUAUAAAAUUUUACGUCAUACCGGAACAAUACUUGGAUUUUCGUCUCUUAUAACCCUCAUACCUGAGAUGAAUAUCGGAAUCUUUACAACAAUGAAUGGGCAAGACUCUGAUUAUAUUUUUCGAACUCUUCUUCACAACUACUUAGCAGAUAUUGCAUUGGGGGAAGAUGCAUGGCUGAACUCCAGCACAAUUUGUUCUUUUCCAAAUCCAUGGUACUCCAUGCCGUCAGAAGCGAGUCACACCAUCAACAAAUCUCAAAAGCUUUCGAGAUCUCCCUCAGCAUACGUCGGACAUUACCAUAACAAUGCAUACGGGGAUUUAUAUAUCUUUUCAAACACUUCCACGGGAAUUAUUGUCUUAAAAUACGGCAUUGCAACUUGGAACUUGUAUCCUAAGCAUUCACGAGACCAGUUUGCAGGGGAGGGUUAUGGAAUUCUAGAAGACAUCUCUCCAUACAAUCUUGGUACGAUUAAAUUCCACCACGAUACCCAUAGUUCUAAUGCUAUUACCAGCGUAGAAGUUACCAGUUUUGAACCAAAAGAUCCACCGAUCUUCAGCAAACUAUCAAACGCUGUGGGGUCCAGUAUCAUUUUUGGAAAGUAA